AUGGAUGACAUUCCAGAAGCAUUUAAGGUAACAUCUGCAACCUUACACAUGUUUGGGGAUGCAGCGAACUGGUUUCAUGCAUACAAGUUAAUACAUCAGUGGCCAAGCUGGAGUGAAUUCAGAAUUGCAGUGACUACUGAAUUUGAUAGAAAUGUACACCGGAACAAAAUGAAAGAGUUGCUAUUGCUUAAACAGUCUGCGUCAGUCCUGGAGUAUAAAAGAGAAUUUAAUCAGUUGGUCUAUCAGCUGCUGCUAUAUGAGCAAUCUGUUAGUGAUACCUUUUUGGUCACCAGGUUUCUGUUGGGUUUAAAAGAAGAGCUCAGAGGAGCUGUAGAGAUUCAGUUGCCAAGGAAUGUAGCUGAAGCGGCAGAUUAUGCUGUUGUUCAAGAAGAAGUGAUGAGCAGAACUAAAAGUGUUAAAUCUUCUUAUACAAAGAUGUACAACCAGAAAUCUGAUAACAGAAUCAAUUCAGUGCCCUCGGGUGAUCUAUGGAAAGCUAGACAGUUGAAAGAAUUUAGGAGAAUCAAUGGGUUGUGUUAUAGCUGCGGAGACAAAUAUAUGCCUGGUCAUGUGUGUGCUAAGUCCCCUACUGCACAGGUGCAUGUCAUGCAGUCGGACAAUUCUGCAAUACUCAGUGAUGAAAUUUUGGAUGCAGUUAUUACUCAGGAGGAAGCUAUGGCAGAAAUGCAGUUGUCUGUCAAUGCUCUAUCGGGUGCUGAUCAUCCCAAAACACUCAGAUUACGAGCUCUCAUCGGAAACCAGGUAGUUAUCAUACUUGUGGAUUCGGGCAGUACCAGUAGCUUCAUUGAUUCUACAUUACUCCAGAGACUUAAAGUGACAACCACCACCUUAGACACUGCCUUGCCUGUAAGAGUGGCAAAUGGUGAAUUGCUACAAUGUACUGAAGAAGUAGCAGACUUACACUGGUGGGUGCAAGGUCAUACCUUCAAGUAUGAUUUCAAAGCCCUGGCUCUGAGAGGCUAUGAUUUGAUUCUAGGAAUGGAUUGGCUGGAGCAAUGGGGAGAAAUGGUAUGUCAGUGGAAAGAGAAGUGGGUGCAAUUUCAGUUGGAGGGACAUGUGAUCAAGUUACAAGGCCUUACUACUGCCGUUUCAUCUUAA